CACAUUUUGUGAAUUAUACAAGCGACUACCAUCAUGAAUACUAACAUGGUAAUGCUCAUUUUAUACUUUUUAGUACAUUUAAGUGUUUCCCAAAAGAAACUUACUGAUAAACCUCCCAACAUUGUUAUGUUUCUCGUGGAUGAUCUUGGAUAUGGAGACCUGGGUUGCUACGGCAAUGGGACGGUAAAGACACCUAACGUGGAUCGUGUAGCAGCAGAGGGAGUUCGUUUCACGAGGAUGUACUCUCAUGCUACAUGCACCCCCAGCAGAGCAUCUCUUUUAACAGGUCGUUUGCCGGUGCGACAAGGUCUAAUGAAAGGCAGCAUUCUUCCCUUUGACGUGUUAAUAUCGGCAUCAUCGGACGCAGGCCUCCCGCAUGAUGAAACUACAAUUGCUGAAAUACUGCAAUCAAGCGGUUAUGCCACUGCGAUGUUUGGUAAAUGGCAUCUCGGCUUAGGGCGCAAUCGGCGAUUUCUGCCCAUUGAACAUGGAUUUGAAUACUUCAUUGGAACACUGUUUUCUCACGGAAGACCCUGCACGGAGAAAUACAGCGGCAUUAUAAAUCCCCCUUUCUUUGCGAAAUUUGUUCUAACCUUUAACAAAGUUUGGAUGACAGUCCUGUUUGGAAUCCUGUAUUUAUGCUUGGCGGGCAUAUCCAGCUUCAAAAUGACGGCCAUAAUGCUGACACUGGAAGUACUUUUUUGCGUGAUGUUGUACCUCUAUUUUUACACAUUAACGGCUUUAAAUCCAAGAACUUGCAUCCUGUUAAGAAACCAAGACAUUGUAGAACAACCAUACCAUUACGAAAAUCUGACCCUGACGUAUACAGCAGAGGCCCUUAGUUUCAUGAGUAAGAGCUAUGAAGCUGGAUAUCCUUUUUUUGCGUACAUUGCCUACAAUAGAAUGCAUCCUCCAGUUUUCGUGUCAACCAGCUUCAAGAACAUUUCUGGUCGUGGCGUUUAUCAAGACGGUUUGAUGGAGUUAGACUGGAGUAUUGGAAAAAUAACGAAUUUCCUGAUAGACAAAGAAUUAAAUAAUAACACCCUGGUCAUACUGUUGUCAGAUAAUGGCCCAGAAAUUUACAGACCAGGCACAGGGAGCAUUCUACCCACAGAAGUACGGGGAUCAGCUGGGGCUGUUAUAAAUAACCACGGAGAAACUGUUUAUCUACGAGGACAAAAGACAAAUAAUUGGGAAGGUGGUAUACGCGUGCCAGGUAUCAUCAAGUGGACUGGAAGGAUACAGAAGGGACGUACUAUAAAUGUUACCGCUUCGUUAAUGGACAUUUUGCCUACUGUGCUCGAUUUGGUUGGGAUUCCUUAUUCAGGCCUCCUUGAACGAUGUCUUUUGGUCAUGCCCGAGAACCGACACAAUUCUGAGAAGGCUGUGGCGUAUCCUAUCGAACACGACGAUGAAGCUUGGUGUCUACCCCUUCGACAAUUCCAGCAGUUGGCAAUAUAAAUGUCAAUGGAAGCCAAUU